UUCUCCGCGACGUCGACUGCCACGACCACGAUGGAGUCCGUCACCGGCGCCGCUGCAGCCUUGGCCACCGUGGACUCCUCCCAAGAAUCGGGAGGUGACGACAACGACGACGACCUGCCGCGCCAGCCGCUGAGGCUCAAGGGCGUCGUGCUGCAGCCAACCGGGCGCUGGGGCGCGCAGAUCUACGAGGACCACGAGCGGGUGUGGCUCGGCACGUUCCCGGACCAGGAGACCGCCGCGCGCGCCUACGACGUGGCCGCGCUCCGCUACCGCGGCCGGGGAGCCGUCACCAACUUCCCGGCGAGGCGCGGCGCGGACGACGAGGCUCGGCAGCUGGCCUUCCUGGCCGCGCACUCCAAGUCCGAGAUCGUCGACAUGCUGCGCAACCAGACCUACGCCGACGAGCUCCGGCAUGGCGUCCGGCGGGGCGUGCCGGCGCUGCCGGCGUGGGCUCGGGUGCCGCUCUUCGAGAAGGCCGUGACGCCGAGCGACGUCGGCAAGCUCAACCGCUUCGUCGUGCCCAAGAAGCACGCGGAGAGGCACCUCCCGCCGCUGCGCGCGGCGGAGGAGGGCACCGCCGGCAAGGGCGUGGUCCUCGCCGUCGAGGACGGUGAGGGCAAGGUGUGGCGGUUCCGGUACUCGUACUGGGAGAGCAGCCAGAGCUACGUGCUCACCAAGGGCUGGAUCCGCUUCGUCCGGGAGAAGGGCCUCCGGGCCGGCGACGCCGUGGCCUUCUCCAGGUGGACGUUUGGGCCGGAGGAGCAGCUGCUCAUCGACUGCAGGAAGAAGCCGAAGAACAAAGCUGAUGCGAUUGCUGUUCAGGCCCCUAUCGUCAAGCUGUUCGGCGUUGAUAUUGCCGUUGGAAGGCGAGGGAAUGGCCUGUGGCGAGUUCUUGAAGAGGAAACAUGAGAACACGCCAGCCUUCUUGAUCUCUGCCGCGCGUAUAGGCCCUAGCUAGUCUUAGUGUGAACGUGUGUAUGCUGGUAGCAUUAUAUGAUCUUUGUUAGUGUCGCGAUACACGUAAGAUGUUCACGUGGA